GGAACUGUAGUUUAGCUAGCCUGGCCAUCGCUUCUUUGGUGGGCGGUGGCGCUGAGGUUCAGCGAAAGGACUGAGGCUUGGAAGGAGCUGAGUUCACUGGGCCUGGCUUGGUGCUGAUUUCAGUAUGCUGCGACGAAAACCAACACGCCUGGAGCUAAAGCUUGAUGACAUUGAAGAGUUUGAGAGUAUUCGAAAGGAUCUGGAGACCCGUAAGAAACAGAAGGAAGAUGUGGAUGUUGUGGGAAGCAGUGAUGGCGAAGGAGCCAUUGGGCUCAACAGUGACCCCAAAAGCCGGGAACAAAUGAUUAAUGAUCGAAUUGGCUAUAAACCCCAGCCCAAGCCCAACAAUCGUGCAUCUCAGUUUGGAAAUUUUGAAUUUUAGAUGGAUUUUCUUGAAUGCCAGAACCCUGGCAUGGAAUAAAAUGAUGGCAGAAGUACAAAUCAGGUUUAGAGCAUUGAAUGCUUGUAGUGAAGCAGAAUGUUUUACCUCCUGCAGAGAGAAAUCAUUUUUGCAUGAAAUUACUGAUGUGUAACACACACAAGCUGGAACCCAAAUUCUGGUUUGUCUGGAAAAUUUGACUGUGUAAAGCUUAUCUGACUUUGUUUUUAAAAAUAAAUGUAUUUUUGGAAAAGUGUGAGA